AUGUCUAAUUAACCAUUUCAAGUAUACUUGAGAAUCAAACCUUUAUUGGAGAACUGGUAAAAACUGCAAGCUUAUUAGUUUAGCACAGAAACUUUGAUUGAGGAUUUGAAUGACAAUAGAAUUGUAAUUAGAAAAGAUGGUAAAAGUGGUAAAUCCUUUGUUUUCGAUAAGAUAUUCAGUGGAGUCCAAAAUAAUGAGGAUAUUUUUGAUCAAUCAUUAAGACAUAAUCUCGAUCACUUUGUUGAAGGUUACAACACGACAAUUUUAGCAUACGGUAUAACAGGUUCAGGUAAAACUCAUACAAUCUUUGGAAACGAAAAGGAUGAAGGCUUGUCAUUUAAAUGCAUCAAUUAUCUGGUGAACAGAAUGAAGUAUAUGAGUCCAGAUGCUAAUGUCUAAAUGGAAAUGAGCUUUAUCGAAGUCUACAAUGAAACCAUAAGAGAUCUGAUGUCAGACCAACCAAAACCUUUGAUGAUUAUGUAAGACAAUUAAAAGGGGUCAUACAUUUAAGGAUUACAAGCAAUUAAAAUUAACAGCAUAAAUGAUGUAUUGUUUUGGAUAAACAUUGCAAAUUAAAAUAGAAGUUUGGCUUAAACCAUAUACAAUGUUUAUUCAUCAAGAUCACAUGCAUUAAUUUAAUUUAACCUAUCCUAUUGUUUCGAAGGGUAAACUAUUACACCGAAGCUCUUUAUUGUUGAUCUAGCAGGGUCAGAAAGGGUUUAUUAAGACCAAAAGAGCAAGAACCAAUAGGAAGGUUCCAAUAUCAACAGAUCUCUUUUGGCCUUGAGCAAUUGCUUGACUAUCUUAUCUGAUAAAUCAAAGAAAAAUUAAUACAUUCCAUAUAGAAACUCAAAAUUAACCAGAUUGUUGCAAGAUUCCUUAGGUGGCAAUACUAGAACUAUAAUGAUUUCUUGCAUAUAAUAAAAUAAAUGCCAAUAUGAUGAAAUAUUGAACACUCUAUAGUAUAGCAGCAGAGCUACCCAAAUAAAAAAGCAGAUUCAAAAGUCUUUGCAUUAAUAAAUAAGUGAAGAAAAGAUCCUUAUACUUCCAAAUAUCAGUGAUUCUGAAAUGAGUACUAAACAACUGUAUUUAACCAAAAUCUACAAUGAUAUUUACAGUAAUAUUGAAGAGUAUCAUGAAAUUAAUAAUUCUCUCAUUGAAAUACAGAACAAUAUUCUUCAAAAUCAAUAUCAAAUUGAGGAAAUCUAUUCAAUGAGUUUGUAGAACAAUUCAAAUUCCAUCAAUGAUGAUUAAAUGUAUCAUAAUCUAAUGAUUGCCUAAAAAUAAAACUAAGAAAUAGAAUAAUAAUUACAAAACGCAUUAAAAGUUAAUUUAAAAUAGAAGCAACUCUAGAAGUCCUUAUUACUUUAAAUAACUGAGGAGUAAUAAUAAUACAUUGAUUAUUGGAAGGUGAAAUAUGAGGAAUCACAAAAAGAGAUAUUGAAUUUAAAACAAGUACUCUAAUCAAAAAAUGAUGAUAUACAAUCAAAGGAUUCACAAAUUUAAUAGUAAUAGUUAUUGUUAGAUCAAAUAAAGUCGAAAAAUCCCUCUUUGUAUACAACCAAUAAUGACUCUGAUUGUUCAUACCCUUCAUCAUUUGCUUCAUCAACAAGUACUUCGUAAAUCAAAAAGAAAUCAUCGUUAACUCACUUAAAUACCCAAAAUACCUUAUCUUAAUAAUCCUAAUUAUUUGACAUGAUUGAUCGUCCAAGAUUUUCAAAUCUAUCUCAUAUUAAAUAGAUACUGGCUUCAAGAGAGCGUUCUCCAGUAAACUCAAUAUUUAGAUAAUCUCCAAUAAGAUCCCCUCUAAGAAAGAAGCCCUCAAUUCGAAAUAUAACCUCUAUAUCAAAAGUGGAAUAAUCAGAAAUCUCUCAGAUUUCCUCAAUAAAAAAGUCUAGACUGAUAAAUGAUCCUCAAAUAACUACGAUCAAUUUAUAUGGAAGUCAGUAUAUCAAUAUAAUAGACAAAGAAAAUAUUUCAUGACAUUUAUUAUAUUUAUAACUUAAAGAUAUGGAUUGUUACAUUCCAUCAAUAAAUUAAA